AUGACUUCGUCCUUUCCAAGAUCUACUGGUUCUACUCUUAAAGCUAAUCGGCGUUGUCCAAGACACCACGAAAUUAAUAUUUUGCUACUUGGACCUACAGGAGUUGGAAAGUCCACAUUUAUCAAUGCGUUUAUCAAUUACAUCACCUAUAAUACAUUAGAAGAAGCCAUAAACGGUGAAAUGCAAUACGUCAUUCCAUCGCAAUUUUUUCACACCGAAUUUCAAACAUUCACCGAACAGACUAUUAAGGUCGGUAGCGAAGAUAAGUACGAAAAGUUCAGCACUCAUGGCGAAUCCGGUACACAGCAAUGUCGAAGUUUUGUCUUUCCAAUCGGUACGCGAAAUUUACGAUUUAUCGAUACACCUGGUAUUGGCGACACACGAGGUAUUGAACAAGAUGCGAAAAAUUUUCAAGAAAUCCUGAAUCACAUCUCUGAAUAUAAACAUUUGAAUGCGGUUUUCAUUAUGCUCAAACCAAAUGAAGAGCGUCUAACAGUAUCUUUUCGAUUUGUCGUCAAUGAACUUCUUCGCCAUUUGCAUAUUGAACUUGCGGCAAAUCUCAUGUUCGUUUUUACAAAUGCCCACUCGACAUUCUUCAAGCCAGGUUCUUCGACGCCGGCAUUGCGCGCUCUUUUGAACAAACAUGGCCUCGAAUAUAAAGUUAAUAUUCCAUUUUCAACAGCCAAUUCCUUUCUAUUCGACAACGAGGCUUUCCGUUAUUUAGCAUUAUGCAAAAAUAAUAUUCAAGUUGACAAUGAACAACGAGAAAGUUAUACAAAAAGUUGGGAUCAUUCCGUCGCAGAAUAUUCACGUCUUAUGAAGACUGUCAACGCAUGUAAACCUCAUCGAGUUCGUAAUACAAUUUCGUUGAAUGAAGCCGAACAAUUAAUUCGAAAGCUUCCACGGCCAAUAGCAGAAACAGCGAAGCUGAUAGAAGAUAAUGUUCGUUUAGCUAAAGAUCAACAGGGAAAGAUUCGUAGUGAUGUUCAGAGUUCAUCCGAAGGUAUACUUCAGAACGAAGUACGAAUUAUACGUCUCGAACAUCCACGGACCGUUUGUGUAAGCGAGAAAUGCUGUCGAGUGAUCGAUGAGAAUGGAAAGAAGAGAAUACAAUAUUUGAGUAUAUGUCAUGAACAAUGUUAUUUGAAUGGUGUGCAACAGGAGACCUUAUAUGACCCAAAAUUACAGGAUUGUUUUUGCAUGGUUUGUGAUUGCCACUGGUUACAACAUAAACAUAUCACGUAUGAAUGUAUCACAAAUCCUGUCCGUAUGAGAUCUUCAACAGGAAAUCUAUCUAAUAUUGAACAACGUAUUAACGAUUUACGAGAAGAGCAAAGGAAAAUUCAAGAUGUUUAUAAGAAAUUAGUACGCUUCCUUUAUACGAAUGCGCUACUUCCAGCAAAUGAUGACUUUCUUGACUAUCUUGAAUAUUUUAUUCGUGAAGAACAAACUAUUCGUAACAGUGGCGGUAAUAACGCACAAAUAAUCGUUAACCUUCAAAGGCUAAAAGACGAGUAUAAACAGGAGAUGGACUUAUUCAAAAGAACAGUGGAAGAGCAAAAAGGAACGACGAACACGAUUGAAACACUCAAAGCAUCUCAGAUAUUGGACCUCGUUAACGAACUAUAUCAAUUACCGAUAACAGGACAACAGAUUCGCCAGCAAGUAGAAGGAAUCGUUAUUGGUCAAGAGAAAGGCAAUGCACAACGUGAAAUAUAUGUUGAUUUACCAACUACGGCAGCUUCUUCAAAAGUGAUGCGUCAACUAGAGGAGAUCAUCUUUCCGGAUGAAUAA